AUGAGCAGGCUGUUCCAACGGGAUCUGUCCUCUGAAGGUCAGGACAGCAUCUCCCUGUUCCGAAAGUUGUGCUACGCGGUGGGCGGAGUGCCGUAUCAGAUCACCACAGUGGCCAUCGGUGUUUCCCUGCAGAUUUUCCUUCUGGAUGUUGUGCGGCUGGAGGCCUUUUAUGUCUCCUUGAUUUUAUUCGUGAGCCGGGCCUGGGACGCCGUGACAGACCCUGUGGUUGGAUAUCUGGUGAGCCGCAGCAAGUGGACCCCCAUCGGGAAGCUGACUCCAUGGCUGCUGCUCUCCACGCCCUUCGCUGUUCUCUCUUAUCUCCUGCUCUGGUUCCUGCCGCGGGGGACCCAGAGUGUGAUGUGGUUCCUCACAGCCACUUGCCUGUUUGAGACCCUCAUGAGUUGCUUCCACGUCCCAUAUCUAUCCCUCAGCAUGUUCCUGGGAGGAAAUCAGAGGGACAGAGACUCCGCCACAGCCUACAGGAUGAGUGUGGAGAUGCUGGCCAUGCUGCUGGCCUCGGUGAUCCAGGGUCAGGUGGUGUCGGUGUACAACACGGAGAAGCAGGAGGUCUGUGGGCAGUUGGACCAUGACGCUCCUGGCAGCUCAGCCCCGCCUCACACUGCUGCUCUUCAGGAGACGCAAAAAGCGUUCCUGACCUCAGCACUAGUCAUCGGCGGCGUGUUUUUCUUCUGCAGCCUUGUCCUUUUCUUAGGGGUGAGGGAGCAUAGAGCUCCUGCGGUCACCAAGAACCGGCCACGGCUCUCCUAUCUGGCGUCUGUGAGGAAGCUGAUGUGUCAUGCUCCCUUCCAGCGGCUGCUUCUUGGCUUUUUGUUCAGCAGCUUUGCAUUUCAGAUGUCGUUGGGUAAUUUUGCAUUAUUUUGCAGCCAUGUGUCCGGGCUCGGACCUGAGUUCCAGCACCUUCUUCUGGUUCUGCUGGUCUCUGCGUCUGUCGCUGUUCCAAUCUGGCAACUGGUCCUUCUCAGAAUUGGAAAAAAGGCCACCGUUUUUAUUGGACUAUCACUCUUCAUCCCGGCGGUCAUAAUCGUCGCCUGCGUUCCCAGCAGCCUGCCUGUUUCCAUGACUAUGUGCAUCCUGAUGGGAUUCAGUGUGGCGACUGUGUUCCUUCUCCCAUGGUCGAUGCUGCCAGAUGUUGUGGACGACUUUGCCGCCAAGCAUCCCUCCUGCACACACCAGGAGCCCCUCUUCUUCUCCUGCUAUGCCUUCUCUACAAAGCUAGUCGGGGGUCUCUCUGUUGGCAUCUCCACUAUGACCCUGCAGUUUGUUGGCUACAGAGCUGAUGACUGUCACCAUGGUGACGGGGUGGUGACAGCUCUGGUUGUGUUGUUCACGCCGGUUCCCAUCACACUGCUGCUCAUUGGGAUGCUCUGCUUCCACUUUUACCCAAUAGAUGAGAGGUCCAAGCACCAGACCACACACGAGUGA